UCUCGGAAGAACCGCCCCCGGGGUUGCCAUGGAGACCGGACGCUGCAAGUUGCAGAGCGCCUGAACGCAGAAAUCACUUAGGAGACCUUCGCUAGGCGACGCCUUGCUUUGCCUUCUUCCCGACCUUCACGUCCCGGUCAUCAGAGCUUUUUUCUCGACUCUUCCCAUGGAAGACUCGACCACCCUGAAACAAGAAAAGGAAAACCAACAACUGGCGGAAGCAGUGCAGCCGUGGGAAGAAGAGACAGCAGCUUCUCCCCAGGAUCUUGGUCCCGAGUCAUUUGGGCCCUGGGAGGUCGAGUGGGCGCCAGACCCCGGCCCCCGGCCCAGGAGCAGCCGUGCUCGGACCCCCGAACCCGUAGGCCCCGUAGCGGAGCAAGCAGCGUCGUCUUCCCCGCCAUCGCCUCAGAAGCCCUUGUCGACUCUGGCCAGGCAGGACCUCGGGGCCCUACGGCAGCUAGACAGGAUCACCAAUGGGACUCUUGAUGCUGGGACUCCUCUUUCUGACCCACCGGGGCAAUCGACUGAUGCGAGGGAAUCGGCUCCCCCAAGCCAAUCGGGGCAGGACACCUCUGCACUGACUCAGCAACCCGAUCCAAGUAGCAAGCCCUCUAAACCACAGGAGCUGCGACCUGGCAGUGCCCAGGAGGAGGCCUGGAGCAGCCACCAGAACAGAGAUCAGCCUGGGCCCAAGGCCUCUGAGGCGGCCCCCAGCACUCUUGAGAUCGCGGUGCAGAACGCCAAGGUUUACCUGCUUCGGGCCAGCAGCAAGACAGGCUUGAACCUAUAUGAUCAUCUUUCUAAUAUGCUGACCAAGAUAUUAGAUGAGCGUCCUGAAAAUGCUAUUGACUUCAUUGAAACUAUCAGCCAAGAUGUGAAAAUGGCACAUUUUAGUAAAAAAUUAGAUACACUCCAAAAUGAGAAUGAGAUGCUUCCAACGUAUGAAAUGGCAGAGAGGCAAAAGGCUCUUUUUCUCCAGGGACAUUUGGAAGGAGCUGACCAAGAACUGGAGGAUGAAAUAGCAGAAAGCUCUCUUCCAAAUGUAGUGGAGUCUGCUUUUUAUUUUGAACAAGCAGGAGUUGGUCUAGGCACUGAUGAGACUUACCGCAUAUUUCUUGCCCUCAAACAACUUACUGACACCCACCCAGUCCAAAGAUGCCGCUUCUGGGGCAAGAUCUUGGGUCUGGAAAUGAAUUAUAUUGUAGCUGAAGUAGAAUUUCGUGAGGGGGAAGACGAAGAGGUGGAAGAGGAGGAUGCCACUGAAGCUGAAGAGAGGGACAAUGGUGAAAGUGAGGUUGACAAAGAUGAGGAAGAUGAGUUACCGAAGUCCUUUUACAAGCCUCCACAGGCAAUACCAAAAGAAGAAAGUAGGACAGGUGCCAACAAAUACGUCUAUUUUGUUUGCAACGAACCAGGAAGACCAUGGGUGAAGUUACCAUCAGUCUCACCUGCACAAAUUGUUACUGCAAGAAACAUCAAGAAAUUUUUUACUGGGCGAUUAGAUGCUCCCAUCAUAAGUUACCCACCUUUUCCAGGAAAUGAGAGCAAUUACUUACGAGCACAAAUUGCCCGAAUUUCAGCAGGGACCCAUGUCAGUCCUCUAGGAUUCUACCAGUUUGGUGAAGAAGAAGGAGAGGAAGAGGAAGAGGUGGAAAGUGGACGAGAUAGCUUUGAGGAAAACCCUGAUUUUGAAGGCAUCCAAGUGCUUGAUCUAGUGGAAUCUUUAUCCAAUUGGGUUCAUCAUGUACAGCACAUUCUUCCCCAGGGUCGCUGUACUUGGUUUAACCCCAUAGCAAAAAAUGAGGAGGAGGAGGAAGAAGAUGAAGAAAAAGAAGAGCCUGACUAUAUAGAACAAGAAGUGGGGCCUCCUCUUUUGACACCCAUCUCUGAAGAUUUAGAGAUUCAGAAUAUACCCGCUUGGACAACACGACUAUCCUCAAGUCUCAUUCCACAAUAUGGUACUGCAGUCCUUCAAUCCAACCUUUGGCCUGGAGCAUAUGCCUUUUGCACUGGCAAAAAGUUUGAAAAUUUCUACAUAGGCUGGGGUCAUAAAUAUAGUGUGGACAAUUACACCCCCCCAGUUCCACCGCCAGUUUAUCAAGAAUACCCCAGUGGACCAGAAAUUAUAGAAAUGGAUGACCCUAGUGUGGAAGAGGAGCAGGCCUUCAAAGCCGCACAGGAAGCAGCUGAACUUGCACCUGAGGACAAUGAAGAAACUGGGGAAGGCGAAGAUGAUGCUGACAACUGAGGAUUAAAUCAGCCUGGUCUUGUAUGGCUGAGGCACUAACACACACAAACCUCUUAUGUGGGACUAAUUUCAUACUGAACAAGGACUUAUAUAUUGCAUAAUUCCUUGAAAAUAUCAAACGUGACAUUCCAUUCGCAGAAGUAUUAAUGUGUUUAAAGAACAAUGCUCAAUAAAUCACAUUAUGUUCUGAUGGCCAUGGCCAAUGGAAAACAUGCUUCUGUAUUCUUGCUUUAAAAAUCUCAUUUAAUUUCUAAUAUCACACACACUAAAAGCUACAACCCACAAAACUUCAUGGAAACUUCUAUACUUUGGAAGUGCCAAGGGGUAUAGAGAUAAACCCUGCUAACCAGUAAACUACAUCGUCUGCGUUGAUCCUUUGUGAGAUUGACCAAGAGCAGGACUCAGCCUCCGUGGUUGGCUGUGGUCGAGGCUGUGACACUGCAAAUACUGUGGAUGUGUACUCAUUCUCCUUCGAAUUCCGUGACCUGCUCAGACUACAGAACACUCAAAUGCUUAAGGCUGUUACUUCUCACUUCAUCAGAAUUCCUGUCAUUCAAAAUGAUUUGAAUUGAAAACAUGCGGGAUGAUUUGCAGAGACAAAAAGAUGGGGUAUCCAGACACUUCAGACGUAUUCUCCACUACUGCUUUCCAUUCGACAAGUCUAAACAUACUAGAGAUCCUGAGGUUAUGAAUAUAAACUUGGCACUGCUCCUGAAAUCUCAGCUUUUACUGAAGAGGGGAGUAUAAAAAGGUAGAGAAUUAGAAUAGACUGCAAUUUGGCAAGCAGUGGGAUGCAACUCUUGCAGAGUCCUGAAGAACAGUGCUUCCUAGUCUGUGGUAAAGGAUAACAUCAAGAGAAUUCCAAGCCAAUGCUGCCAUUUUUACAAAAUUAAAAAAUAUUACAACAAUCUCAAUUUCUGUACAUACCUUGUCAUACACUGGAAGUCUGUACAUCCCUGAUCUACACUUGAACACUGUGUCAAGUCCUCAGAUGGUGACUUACCUGACUUGAGUAGGACAAGAAGCACUUCUGAGAGCCACCACAUGGAACGCUACAGGGCAGCCUCUUGGUAGCAAGAGCUACAUGCACUUUGACAAAGGACUUCAGGCUGAGACCUCAAGUGACAGGAAUGGUGAGGAGGAGAGUGGGAAGGGAAAGGGGAAGCAAAAAGAAUUAAGAUGUGUUAUAUACAUGUACCAACUCCCUAUGGUGAAUGGAACCAUUAUGUACUGCAAAUGUGUACCAAUAAAAACAAAAAUUUAACAAAAAGAAGUGGUGAGAGAUGACCCUGGAGAGGUAAGCACAGCCCAAACUGUAAGAAGGCUGGAUUUGACCCACGAGUAAUAAAGAGGAUUAAUUUAACCUAGAAAGUCAAAAAACCCCACUGUAUUUUAGAAUGUUUGGGCUUCAAUGCAAAAGACAAAUGGUAGAGAAUUCAGAUUUAAGACAGAAAGACUAGUUAGGUUAUCAGAUUAUGUGGGUAAGAGAACGUGGUGGCAUGAAAAAGGACAACUGCUUGGAAAUAUAAAAUAGAAAACAUUACUUCUGAAGGA